GAGUUUUAAUGACAACUGACGUUUAAAGAAAAAAAAAUAAAAGAAAAUACUGACGACGACAAUUGGACGAAAAAAGUGAAUAGUUUUUAAUGAUUUUAAACGAGAAACAAUAAAAAAAAUCCGAUAAAUUUUUAUUUUGAUAUUAAAACAAACAUAAAUACACAUACACACAACUGUGUAAAUAAAAUACGUGGUGUUUCAAAUAGUUAGUUAUUGCAAAUAAAAGUGAUUAAAACAAAAAAGAAAAGAUAAACAAUAUAGGGCAAUUUAUUAGAGAAGUAAAUUUUGAACCAAAAAAUAUAAUAGAUAAAAUAUAGAAAGAAAAUGUCCGGUGCCUGUGAUGAUGAUAAAAAAGAAGCUCAACAAAAUGAAAUUGCAGCUUCAAGUAUACGUUCCGGUUUGGCUGAAUUAGAGUUAAAGACCUCACAAGUUUUGCAACGUUUAGAAAAUGUUAAAACAGCACCAACCCCCACUGAUGCGCCACAACAAUCGAUUGACUUUAAUGCUAAUACGUCAGAUGUUACAGAUAAAUCUGAAGAUUUGUCAUCGUCGUUGGCCUCCAAUUCGGUGAGUGUGGUGGCUCUGUUGCAUGGCAGUCGUAAACCUCCCUCGGAAAUCUUGAAAUCAUUGGAAACACUUAUUUCAUAUGCCGAUUCGGAGGAUGAGCCCGAAUUUCCCCUACCAGCUUUAGAUGAUGUUUCACAUUUGGCUUUAAUAUCGCACAGCAUAGUGGCCUAUCUGUCGCACUUGGACCGCAAACAGUUGGUGAGGGUGACUGGCAAUAUAGCUGGUGAUACCACCCAUUGGUUGGGUACAUUGUUUAGAUUUAUGGACCCAGCCAGUAGCUUUCACAAUGACAAUGCCGAUGCUAUAUUACGCGUAGUGCGUUUGGCAAUAGUGGCCCGUUGCCCGGGCUAUUUAGAAGGUGGUAUACCGGCUUUAGCCCAUCCAUGUUUGUAUAUAUCGGAGAAUACCACACCCAUGCGUUUGCAAUAUGCUUGUCGUCAGCUGGGCAUACCCUUGGAUGCAAUACGUUUAAUACCGGCCAAUACAACAUUUGGUACUAUGGAUUUGUCUCUACUGCAGCGGCAAAUACAAAUUGAUUUGGCCUCUCAGAGGACUCCACUAUUGGUGGUGGCUGAUAUAGGUGCUUCUCUGUGUGGCUAUGUAGAUAAUUUAUUAAGAAUGCAUGACAUUUGCAAAACGCACAAUUUAUGGCUGCAUGCCACUGGUCAUGGUUUAGCGGCUCUCGUUUGUUCUCAAGGUCCUGGGGUGAUAAGUUCUUAUGUGGAUUCUAUAGUUUUAAGUUUGGGCAGCUGGUUGGGUGUACCCAGUCUGCCUAUUGUGCUUCUUCAUCGUCAACUUCAAAAUGCUGCCUUAAAUUCUUUCGAAUCUGAUCCCAUUUUAUCUCGUCGUCUCAAUGCUUUAGCUUUAUGGACGAGCUUACAAGCUUUAGGUCGUGACGCCAUUUCGGAGCGUAUUCAUGUAGCUUUUCAAACAUGCAGUAUUUUGUUUGAAAUCGCCUCGGAAUGUGAAGGCAUCAAAGUUGUGAGUCGGGCUCCUGGUGCUCAAUCUGGCAAAUCCUUGGUAGAUGUCAUCAAUAAACCACUUGAUGUUAAUUUACUUUUUGAAACGGCUGCCUCGGUAGUGGUGUUUCAAUUUGAUGGUAGUACAACUGUGACUACUUCCACUACAGGCGAUGACACCAACUCCCUGGAAGGUGUAAAAUCAUUGGAAAAAUUACACAAUGCUUCAUACUUUGAUCGUUUAAAUUCUUGGCUAGGUCAAAUUUUACAAAGGGAUUGUCCUAAUUUUGAUUUCGAGAUCAUAGAACAUGCUGUCCAUGGCACUUGUAUACGCUAUUGCCCUUUGGAAUUAAGUCUGGGCGAGCAGCCACCCACUGCGGAAAAUCUAGAGAAUUUUGCCCAAAGUUUAGAAACUCAUGUGGACAUUUUACGGGCCACCAUCAAGCAUAAAGCCACUUUCAUACAUCUGGUGGAGAAAAGUGAUGUCUUACGUUUGGUUAAUCUGCCCGAAUGGGCGGGUAUGGGUGGCGUACGUUUUGUGCCCGAAGGCUGGGAAACUCUGCUAACAGAUCAGGCUAAAACGGAACUUAAUAAAUUGAAUGUUGAUUUGGUGGAAACUUUAAAAGCCACCGAUAAUGCCUUUUCGCUGGGCGAGGGCCCCGAUGGUUUGAUAUGUGUACGCUUUGGCAUGGUGACACAUGAAACGGAUGUUGAUGAGCUAUUGGAUUUAGUGGUUUCAGUGGGUAAGAAUGUGCAGGAAAAUUCUAGAGUUUUGGAUACUAUGUCGGAAAUUGUUAAGAGGGGCAUACAAGCUGCUACUGCUGAUUUGCAGCGUGAAACCGAAGAAAGACUUUGGCAAGAGGGUAUUUUACGCCAUGUUCCCGUGGUGGGCAGAGUUUUUAAUUGGUGGUCUCCACCAGCCAGAGAGGCUGGUAUCAAGGGCAGAAGCUUAAAUCUAACACAGGGUGUAGUAGAGUCUACAGAAAAUAUAUACAAAUAUCACAUGCAAAUGGGUGGUACACACGGUCAAUUGCCAGCUAAUAAAUCUCCACCCACACCCAUGGUCCAGACACCCAUUAUAACAGCAGCCAAUGAAAUACCGCCCGUAUUUCCCAACAGCAAUCCCCAGACCUCACCCAAUUCCCCGGCAACGUCAAACGAAGCAAUUAAAGAUGUAAAUGCAGCAACUACUGUUGCUGCUACAGCUGCUACUGUUGUAGCAACUACAACAACACUACCAUCACAAAAUGGUCCCGCAAACGGUUCGGCCCCAUUGGAUGAUGGUCACAAUCGUACAGUUAGCCAAAGUAGUGGUGCUUCGGCACCCGAAUUAGCGGCAAUAAAUAAUAGUGCAAUUAUUAGUGAUAAAAUUGAAAAUCCCAAUAUAAAUAUAAAUGCAAAUCCAAUUGCUAAUGUUAGCAGUUCAUAAAGUAUAAAACAGUUCAUUUAACUUCAACCUUUUUCUCAGUUCCUUUUUUGAAUUUUUUUAUUUUAUGAUUUACGCUUUUUUUAUUUAAAUUAUUUCUUUCUCUCUUUUCAAGCCUAAGCCUAAGCCAUUAUGCACUUGCAAAGGCAAAAUGUAAGCAAAAGUGGUUGAUGUUACACAGUGUAUCUUUUUUUUAUUUUUAAUGACAAUUUUUUUUUAUUUAGAAAAAAUUAAAAAGUUAAUUCUUUGAUUUUUAUAGAAAAUCUAGCUUUUUUCUUCUUUUUUUUUUUGUUGAUAUGUACUUUUCAAAAUACUUACUUAUAUGCUAAAAAUAAAAAAGAAACGUUAGAAAUUUUGAUAAAAAAACCAAACAACCACUAUUAAACAUUUUAUAACUUCAAAAAAUUUAAUAAAAUAUUUAUAAAACUAAUUAAAAUAAUUACUUACACACACAUGUAUUAUGAUUAGAAAGUUUUUCGCGCUUUCUUUAAAAAACGUUCCAUUUAUAUGUAUGAAAAUAAAAACCAAUAUGUUAAUCUUAAAGAUUAAUUGCAAAAAAUUAAACAAAAAAUAAAUCUUGCUACUGCAAAAAUUUAA